UACAAACAUCGCUCUCUUCUAAGUGUUUAUCUAGAAUGUCGGACCAGAAAACUGCUGAAGCCAUUAAGAAAAACAACUCUUCUAAAUCGAAACUGUAUUCAAUUUCGACUAAAUCUGACUAUGACCUCAUCGAGUACCCCAACUACUUAUUUCAAACGAACCAAAUACCUAGAAAAUCUGUUCCCAGAGUGUACAUAAAUGAAAUACAUACUAAUUGGUUCGGGAACUAUCAUUUACUGGAAUAUGAUCAUGAGUAUAUACAGUGGCUAUUCCCUGUCUUUGAAAGUGCAGGCAUGUCGUUAGAUUCCUAUAUAUUGACCGAAGAAGAAGCGUCUAUGAUAAGACAAGACUUCUCGGCCGCUGUUAAUGUCAUCAAAUCUUAUAAGCUUAUGUUGAAUUUUUAUGGCAUGUUACUGCACAAUAUUCAAACCGGAGAAGUUAGGAUCAAUCCAAAAAACUGGAAGUCAAGAUACAAUAAUCUGAAUAACUCGUUUCAUAACUUUCGACGAAUAACCAGAAUUUUAAUGAGCCUCGGUCAACUUGGAUUUUCACAGUACAAAUUGCCAUGGGUCAAUUUUUUUUCUGACCAAUUCAAAAAGCAUUCGGAAUUACAAAACUGCAAACAGUCUUGGAAGCAGUUUUGGGAGCCACUUUGCCACCCGGAAUCGCCUGAAUACCGCAGAAAGACAAAAGAACGUCAACCUUGCUCAGAUUCUGUCCUCUUUACUCAUAUUGAAAACCAAACUGAGCAGUGGAUCAAAAUAAGAGACGAAUUGACGACGUAUGGAUCUGUUGGUCAUAACAUCCAACCAAUCGACGAGCAUUUCAACUAAUGAAAACGCAAAAUGUUCUCCACGUGCAUUUCGCAUACACAUCUCGCAAUGAUGAUGCCAUCUCAACUGUAUGCCAUACGACUGAAAAUACACAUCCAUACAAAAGCCCCGCAUACACAAAACAUGUGGUCCGGGGUUUUGAAAAAAGAUUUUAUACGAUGUAGUGGAGAAGCCUUUCUCCCUCCGAGUUGAAUGUCAAGGGCUAAAAUAGAGGUACAGGAUCUAAUGGCCCAGGUUUAGUCGUGGGCGUCAACGUUGAAAUCAUGCCGCGCAGAGAAAUAUCAAAAAAAAAUACUCGCCGUGUCUAUAUAUUUUCUGGAAUAUGAUGAAUAAGGGCGAGCAGAUAAUAUCCAUAAUAGGAUGUCAAUGGGGGGACGAAGGCAAAGGAAAGCUUGUUGACUAUUUGGCAAAGCAAGUCAAUAUUGUGGCUCGUGCUGGUGGCGGAUCCAAUGCGGGUCAUACUGUCCUAGUUGAUGGGAAAAAGCACGUAUUUCAUCUAUUACCAAGCGGCAUUCUUCACGAAUCGGUGACGUGUCUGAUUGGGAACGGAGUGGUGAUUCACAUACCUGCGCUGAUCACAGAAUUGGAGUACUUGAGUCGGGUGGGCAUUUGCUACAAGAACCGUAUCGUGAUUUCCGACCGAGCGCAUAUACUGUUCGGGUUUCACCAGGAAAUCGACAAAAUCAAUGAAACGAGUGACGGGGUGGUGCAGAUAGGUACAACUAAAAGAGGAAUAGGACCGUGCUAUAGUAGCAAAAUUGAGAGAAUUGGCAUCCGAAUAGGCGAUUUGCUUCACUUCGAGUCGGAUUUCGAGCCAAAGUUCCGGACUCUUGCGAGAACAUGUUGUCAGAGGUACAAGUCGCUCAAAAUCGAUGAAGACGCCGAGCUCGAGGCAUAUCGCCACUAUGCCGAGGUAUUGAAGGAUUUCAUCAUCGACGGCAUCGAGUAUUUGCACAGACACAUAAACCAAGGUAGGCGGCUUCUCAUAGAAGGCGCCAACGCAACCAUGCUGGAUAUAGACCUCGGAACGUAUCCGUUUGUGACCAGUUCCAAUCCAAGUAUCGGCGGUUGUUGUUAUGGUUUGGGCAUUCCUCUUAACAUCCCUAAUAAAAUCAUCGGCAUCGCAAAGGCAUACACCACGCGCACCGGCUUCGGUCCAUUUCCGACCGAACUGCCAGACGAUGAUCCUAUCAAAGAAUACCUGACGACUAUAGGACAAGAGUAUGGCACAACGACCGGAAGAAAACGUCGCUGUGGCUGGCUGGAUCUAGUCCAAUUGCGUUAUGCUGCCAUGGUCAAUGGAUUCAAUUGUCUCGCAUUGACAAAAUUGGAUAUUUUGAGCCACCUUCAAGAAGUGAAAGUGGCAAUUGCCUAUUUCCAUAACGGCGAAAAGCUCAAAUCGUUCCCAUCCACCACGAAGCUAUUAAACGAACUAGAAGUACAAUACGCUACCUUCCCUGGCUGGAAUGAGCCCAUCAAUGGACUUACAUAUGAACAACUUCCUAAAAAGCUGCUCGAUUUUUUAACAUACAUAGAGCGACAACUCUCUAUACCUAUCAAAUACAUUGGUACUGGACCCUCCAGAGAUGAUAUACUGAUUUGUGAUGCAUAAAGCCAACUU